AUGCCCCCUUCAAAGGCACCAUCUGCGGUAACCUCUCUUGACACCAUCCAGUCGAACCCACGCCACGUCGGGCUGCCGCUACGCACACACCACCAGGCCGCCAUUCUGUUACAACUAUUCCAGGCAGGCAAGACGCCGGCACACAAGUUGGAGCUGUUGAACCCGCGAUCUGCCUUCACGGCAGCCCAGCUCCUCGAGUGUGGCCUCGCAACGGCCCCGCAGCGGAUCCGUGACGCUUUCGGACUGUCUGUGGCGACACUGGUGAAGAAGGCGACUCCCCAGUUUCCCCUCCAGACUCCAAGAUCCGCCCAGGACGCGGAAGCACCACAGACGCCGCAAUCCCACACCCCGCAGAUGUCUCCCUGGACACCACAGUCCCCUGCCGAGGUCAAAUUCGCCCAGGCCAAAGCAGACUGUGAGGCCGUCGAGGCCCAGAUCGGCCAGCUCGCGCUCGCCUCCCCCAGCUCGUCGCUUUCCUCGGGAAGCCCUUCCGUUGCGCGCAACUCGGGCGCUGCUCAGCCUUUAGCCGGUCCGACCUUCCAGGCACAGUCUCCUACCAUUCAGCCCCCGCCCUCGCUGUCCUUCGGCCCGGCCGUUCCCAGCAUAGUUCCGCCGCCCGUGCCGGCGCCGGCUCCAAUCCAGACUCCCACGGGAAGAACUUGGUAUUAUCAACCGUCCUGGCCGCAGCCUGUCCAAUAUCGGCCCCAGGUGCGGCUCCGCCUCCAGCUUCGGUUCAACCUGCGGCACAAUUCCCCGCUCUAGCUCCAGCUCCCAUGCAGACCACCACGGAAGGACCUUCGCAAUACCAGCUUCCCUGGAGCCAACCCGUUCAUCUAGCCCAGCCAUCAAACAUCUCGUCUGUGCCGGCGUUGGUCCCGACGCAUGAGGCACUGUCUGCCCAGGAUACAAACCAGCGGAUUUUCU